GAGCUAUAUUAGCUUUUAUGUUGGGGUUGUUCCAUAUCCCUCUGGACGAUUGUGAAGAAUUGUAUCGCAAGUUAGGAUCAGAUGUUUUUAAGCAGAAUGUCAUUGUUGGAACAGUCAAAAUGGGUUGGAACCAUGCCUUUUAUGACAGUGAUAUCUGGGAAAAAAUGCUCAAGUAACUUUUUUAAUUUGUAGAAAAAAAAAAAAUGGGCUCAAAUCUUAUGAUUGAAACUGCAAGGAAUUCCAAUUGUCCAAAGGUAGCUGCAGUAAGCACCAUUGUAAACAGAGGAACACCACUGAAAGCAUUUGUUUUUAGAAACUACAACCACUUUCCUGGUGUUAAGUCUCAUUAUAUUGGAGGCUGUCAGUAUAAACUGUGGCAGGCCAUCAGAGCAUCAUCUGCUGCACCAGGCUACUUUCAGGAAUAUGUUCUUGGCAACGAUCUUCACCAGGAUGGAGGUCUGCUUCUAAAUAAUCCGUCUGCACUGGCAGUCCACGAGUGCAAGUGUCUUUGGCCAGAUGUCCCAUUGCAGUGUCUGAUCUCACUGGGCACAGGCCGAUACGAAAGCGAGGGAAAGACAAACGUCACAUACACCAGUCUGAAAGCCAAACUCACAAAUGUUAUCAGCAGUGCAACUGAUACAGAAGAAGUUCACACCAUGCUGGAUGCACUGUUACCUCCAGAUACUUACUUCAGAUUUAACCCUCUUAUGAAUGAAGACAUACCUCUGGAUGAAAGUCGUAAAGAGAAACUCAAUCAGCUGCAGACAGAUGGAAUUCGUUAUUUAGAACGAAACGAAGAAAAGCUCAGAAAAGCUGCAAAAAUAUUAACACAGGAAAAAACAACUUUGCAGAGACUUCAGAACUGGCUAAGAUUGAAGGCUGACAUGUAUGAAGGCCUUCCAUUUAUUUCCAAGUUGUGAAUAUGUGAUGUAUGAAAGAUCAUAAAUGUAAAUCUUGUUCCAGAAAAUCUGUUCAGUACUGUAAAGGUCUAAUGUUUAUUGGGGGUAAAUGACAUCUUUGGAAAGCUAUCAGAAUUCUGGAGAAAGCAAUGCAGGCCGGCUGUUUUGUGUACACUUACUUGAUACAAGGUUUUAUGGUGUUAAUUAUUUUUUUGAACUUUAUGGAUCUUACUGUUGCUCUACUUCAGUUUGUUAAAGUUGGUAAAAUUGAAAAUUAUGAAAACAAUUGUGGUAUGCAUUUUAUGGAUGUAUGUACCAUAAUUAUGGUGGCAGUAAAACCUUAUUUAUCAAC